GGUAACUUCUCUCGUGCGUUCAACCGCGAAAGGAAUACCGGUUUUUCGUUCAGGAAUAGAAUAUAGUAGUAUAGUAUUUACGUAUGGGAGUAAGAGAAGGUGACCAUCGCAGUCAGGACUCUGUUAGAACUUCGUGAACUUCCUCCAGUUCUUCCUUCGCUACUGCUACUUCUUCUUUUUCUUCUUCUUCUUCUUCUUCUUUUUAGUUUUUGCUGUUUCUCUUCUUUUUCUUUUACUUUAUCAUUUUUUUAGUUCAAACUAUACUUCGCGUGUAAUACAUUUUUGAAAACGAUUAGUGCCAAGAACGUUCUGAUUAAUUCUAUGUGUUGUUAAGUUGCACAUAAAUAAGUAAAAAACAAACUGUGCACCACCAUCAUCAUGUUGUUUGUCUUCUACACCGUCGUAUUUGCUUUUCAUAUUUAUCUACUUCUCAAAGUUGUACUUUCUGCACCUGUGAAUUACGAUCAACGACAAACUGGCGAGUUAAACGUGCGAAUUGACUUGAAGGAUCUGAAAGUACUAGCUUUUCUUGAUUCUAAGAUACUCGAAGAUUACACGGACUAUGAUUACUUUUACGAUUUCGCUGAUUUCACAUCAAGACCAAUUUCAAAGCCCACAUCGGUCUCUACGGUUGAAUCUUUGAAUACCGAAUCCACUAAUGCACCUGCAUUUUCUUCAACCAUUAAAACUGAUUCUACUGGAAUUUCUUCUACAAAUGAUUCCAUAAUAACUACUUCAAAAAAUGGACAAUCAAUUGAAGAUGCAACUGCAUCUACGAUCGAAGAAGACAGAGUGAUAUCUUCGUCUAAUAAAGAAGGUCUCCUUGAAACAUCAAGGUUACCAUUAAGAAAGAGAGCUCAUUUAAAAAUCCGAUCGAAUAAUCGUCCCAAAUUUGUAUCUUCCAAAUAA